UCUAGAUUCUAGAUUUCUUGUUAUCAAUUUCUCUCACAUGCUAGUUUGUUCUUCCUUUCUCGGAAGAGACUUUCCAUGAUUAAUCAGACACAGAAUUCAUUCAAAGACUUGACUCCCGACUCCUUACUACAUUUGUCUCGGACCGUUUUUCUUAAACUAUAAAAACGCAUUAAUUAAAGUUUUCAUUGUUUUCCUUUUUUGCAUUAGUCGCGUCGUCGUUGUCCGUAAAUUCUCCUAUCGGUGAAGAUUGAAAAUUUGCGACAUUUUCUCAAUCAACUGCGUUGAUUCGUCAAGACAACUCGCGUUUCGAUGUUUGUAUCUGCUACUAGCGCGUGAUUUGAUCCGUGGGUGAAGGAUCCGGCGAUGCGGAGUGACGGGGGAGUGAAAUGGAGGGGAGUAGAUCGGAGGCCGUGUCGGUGCUAGUGAAGGGUGAUAAAUUUCAGCCAUUGCAGGGAGGAGGGCCGGUGAUCCCGAGGACAAGGCUGCAGGUUUGGUUUAUUAGGGUUUGUUCCAGCAUUCUAAUAUGGACCUGUUUGGUUCAGCUCAUUGCGGUUUCCGAGCUAUGGCAUCCGCGCCAGAUUGCUGGAGUUUCUACAAUCUCCAAAGGAGUCGACAAUGAACUGCAGGCUCCACCACCUCCGCCUGUUGUUCCGGCAAGAAACUACACAAGCAACGGUUUUCUUAGAGUUUCUUGCAAUGGUGGCUUGAAUCAAAUGCGUGCUGCGAUAUGUGACAUGGUGACAAUUGCACGAUUUUUAAACUUAACGUUAGUUGUGCCAGAGCUUGACAAGACAUCUUUCUGGGCAGAUACUAGCAAUUUUGAGGAUAUUUUUGAUGUAAGACACUUCAUUGAUUCAUUAAGAGACGAAGUUAAGAUCAUUCGAAGGUUACCAAAGAGAUUUAGCAGGAGAUAUGGCCACCAACCUCUUGUAAUGCCUCCUAUUAGCUGGUCAAAUGAAAAGUACUACUUGGAACAGAUUCUCCCUCUAUACAACAAGCACAAGGUCAUACACUUCAAUAGGACAGAUGCAAGACUGGCCAAUAAUGGCAUACCUCUAGAGCUUCAGAGACUGCGAUGCCGUGUCAAUUUUGAGAACCUAAAAUUUACUCCCCAGAUUGAUGCUUUGGGUAAAAAACUGGUUGACAUGCUGCAAGAGAAAGGGCCUUACGUUGCAUUGCAUCUAAGAUAUGAGAUGGACAUGUUGGCUUUCUCAGGUUGUACUCAUGGCUGUACACUGGAGGAAGCUGAUGAACUCAAACGAUUAAGGUAUGCAUUCCCUUGGUGGAGGGAAAAAGAGAUAGACUCCAAAGAGAGGAGAUCACAAGGUUUAUGUCCUCUUACCCCGGAGGAGGCAGCAUUAGUCUUGCAAGCGUUGGGUAUUGCCAAGGACACACAAAUAUACAUUGCAUCUGGUGAGAUAUAUGGUAGUGGACGUAGGCUUGCGGCUCUAAGAUCGGCAUUCCCGAGGAUUGUAAAGAAGGAAACCCUACUUGGUCCCGUAGAGUUGCAACACUUCCAGAACCAUUCAUCGCAAAUGGCUGCUCUGGAUUUCAUAGUCUCAGUGGCCAGUAACGUAUUCAUUCCCACUUAUGAUGGCAACAUGGCUAAGCUUGUAGAAGGUCACCGGAGGUAUCUAGGGUUCAAGAAAACCAUCCAACUAGACCGGAGAAGUCUUGUACCAUUGUUGGAUUUACAUCAGAAUGGAACACUCUCUUGGGAAGGAUUUUCGGCUGCAAUUAGGCAGGCUCAUGAGGGGAGAUUCGGGCAGCCAGCCCGUCGUAAAGUUGUUGCAGACAAGCCCAAAGAAGAAGAUUACUUUUACUCUAAUCCUUACGAGUGUCUCUGUCCAAGCCAAAGUUGUGCUGAUGACUUCAUAGGGAAUGAGAAUAAUUCAACUGUGAUCCGGUGAGGAGCGGUGGGUCCAGUUUAGCCUCCGCGGCUUUGCACAUAGAGAGGGACAUAAAACAAAAGCGGUCGAGAGAACCCAAAGAAUGAAGUGUACAAAUGGUUUAUGUGGAAGCUUCACAGAAACAUGUCCAUGCGAUAUGGAAAAUGCGUGAAGAAUGGGUGUUGUUGUAAUGGUCAUUUGGAGAUGUAUUUAUUCAUUUUUGUUGAUAUUAGGUUUUCCUAUGUUUUAACACGACGCAGAUGACUCUCACAUAAGUAUCAAUUAUUCAUUUAUUUUUCUUGUAACUCAAAAGUCUGAUCUGAUUCUGAGCAACAAACUUCAGAUUCCACGGAUCAAUUUUGUACUCACACUUACGGACUACUGUAUAAAAUUUUGCUAAAUUCAUUUGCCGGUCAUGAUCGACAAGUUCUUGUUCUCUCUUAUGCUAUGCAAUUGUG